UGUAACUUAACACUUGACAAUUUGUUCAGGUUUUGAAGUUCAAGUGCAGUUCGAAAUCACGCAAGGAUGUGAGGAGGUUAACUGCCGUCAGAGCCGCUGCUGUACCCACCUGAUCGUCUCAUGUGUCGGACGACACGGGAGCCCGUACGUAAGUCUAACUCGAACCCGCGAGGCAGAAAACAUACAAGUCAGGUGUGACCGCAGAAAGCUCAUUCAGGCCUUGUGCAUCAGUCAGAGGAGACCGCACGGACUUUGAGCAGCUCACAGAGGUCACUGCAACAACAUGGCCGGCCUUCCAACUGUAUUCCUGUUGUCGUCCCUCAUGUGUUACGGGAUGGUCGCCCCCUUUGCCGUUGUUCAAAAGACGGACCUUAUAAAGAGAGAACCACAUCUAAAGAUUGCGGCUUUCAACGUCCAAGUCUUCGGGCUUCGGAAAAUGAGCAAUCCAGAAGUUGUGAAGACAUUGGUCCAGAUAAUCCGCAGAUAUGACAUCAUUGCAAUCCAGGAGAUCAGGGAUAGCUCUGAGACCGCCUUCCCCACUUUGCUUGCUAAAGUCAACAAGGAUCUACCACCGGACCAGACGUACCGAAGUAUCAUCAGUGAAAGACUUGGCCGGACGUCCAGCAAGGAACAGUACGGAUUCAUGUACAAGCCGAGUAGAGUGACCGUUACUGACUCCUACCAUUACGACGAUGGCGAAGAGGCUGUCGGGAAGGUGAAGAAUCCCAAAGAUGCGUUUCAACGGGAGCCCUUUAUUGUCCGUUUCUCAGCUCCCAAAACAGCGGUCGAUGACUUUGCAGUGGUGGUCAUCCACACAUCUCCACGAGACGCUGUCAAAGAGAUUGACCAUCUGACCGACGUCUACGAUGACGUAGUCCACAAAUGGGGCCUUGAGGAUGUCAUCAUCACCGGCGAUUUCAACGCCGGUUGUAGUUACGUCACAAAGUCCGAAUGGGCCGGCAUCCGUCUUCGCCACGACCCGAGGUUUACUUGGCUCAUUGGCGACGACGUGGACACGACUGUGGCGAAGUCCGACUGCCCAUACGAUAGAUUCGUCCUUGCAGGAGCUCUGAUGAAGAAGUCUAACGUAGCAGGCAGUGCAAAGGCGUUCCUUUUUGACAAGGCAUAUGGCCUCAACCAAGAAGAGACUGAAGACGUUAGUGAUCACUACCCCAUAGAAAUGGAGCUGUACGGGAAAGUAAAGGAUGAUGGGAAGGACAGUAACGUCGAAUCUCUCCUGUCAAUCACCGUCUCUGACCCUGAUGCCAAGGUCAAUGACGUGGACAACCAUGUCAUGCUGUUGACUGAAUACCUCGAAGGUUUUAAGACAAACACGUUCUACACAACUCACGGUGACGUCGCCCUUCUAUCCGCCACUAAAACAGGGAUGACCAGAGCCGCAGCAUAUAAGGAACUACAGCUUAUGAAGAAGGCACUGAGCUUCAUAGCAGGAGACACGUUUGACGUUGCUGGCAUGCAGAUCACUCAGGACGAUACAAACUUGACCGUGGAUAUCACAUGUGACGUUAUCAACGGAGGCUGCAAAGUUACAGUCUCUAAGAAAACCCUUUAAACUUGUAGUAAAAGGCCUCAAGAGAGCCCACUAACAAUCUCAGAGAAGACCCUCUAAAUGGUACCAACAAUCUUUAGGACUCGAAAUUCAACUCAAUAAGCUGUAUGAAAACAGAAGGAACACUUAACUUCAGUAAAUUUGCCUGAGAAAGCUCACAUAUAAACUGUAGUGACAGUUUGAGGCUGUGAGCCUCUAAAACUGAAAAUGUUUUGACAUUAACGUUUCUUUAUUUGCACUAAAACAUUUUUAGAUAUUUUGGUUAGAGAGAUACGAUAAUAACAAUAAAUCCAAUAUUGUUCGCAUGCCUUCGAUUGUAAUGGCGGCUGUAGGCAUGCAUAAGGUAUCGACAGUAUAUGUGGCGUAGAUGUAUCUUUGGUGUUCAGAUGUAACUUGCUUAUCUAUCAUUUUAAAAUGGAUCUCCUUUUUUGUCAGUUAAAUGAUGUAUCACUUAACAAAAAUGCGAUCAAUAGAUGUCAAUAUCUUCAAUACAAAUGUAUAACAUGAAACAUAAGCUCGUGUUACUAAACUACGCUCAUGUACUUUCAUGAAAGUUUAUGUUGGCAGUUGCUGGGUACGUAUUAGGGUACACUAUUCAUUGCUGCAAUAUGAACACAUAUCGCCUAUGGCGCUAUUGUGAUAUUUCAUUUGCUUUGUUUCAUAUUCUUUAAAUCAACUCGAUUAAGGAUAUUAGGAAAAAUUGCUCAUAGAAACAUUGCGUUGAGUCAAUGCAACUGGAUAUCCCCUUGUUUGAUUCACAUUAUAGCAUUUUUUACAUCUCAUUUUAGAAUAUUUCUUAUAUCUUAACCUUUAAUUUUAAAUCUUAAUCUUUAUUCAAAAGCAACAUUGCUGAAAUAGUAUCGUGCAUUUUGAAGACCGUUUAUUUUACUUAUUGUUAUUCCCAUUAAAAGGAAAUCCACUUUUUGAUAUUCAAA